UAAAAAAAUCUAUGUGAGGUAGGUCAACGAAAGAAUCUAUGUGAGGUACAGUACACUAGUAGUGUUUGUAACUGAGAGCGUUGGGUUGGGUGAAGGAGCCAAAGCACGCACAAAAUGAUGCCCAAAUGCUCUCUACAGACACAGCCAUCUCAGUUUCAGAGCUUGAACAAUCUCCGACAACUCGCCGAAACGCGUCGUUUCAAGGUAUGGUUGUUGGAUCAGUUCGGAGUCCUCCAUGAUGGAAAACAACCUUAUCCUGGUGCUAUUUCAACAUUAGAAAAUAUAGCAAAGACGGGUGCUAAGAUGGUGAUCAUAAGCAACUCCUCGAGACGUUCAUCAGUGACUAUUGAAAAAGUCAAGAGUCUUGGCUUUGAUGCCUCUCUUUUUCUGGGAGUCAUCACUAGUGGAGAACUCACUCAUCAGUACUUGCAAAGGAGAGAUGAUCCUUGGUUUGCAGCAUUGGGAAGGUCUUGUAUUCAUUUCACCUGGAAUGGCCGGGGAGCAAUAUCUCUCGAGGGCUUAGACUUGCAAGUCGUGGAGAAUGUUGAAGAAGCUGAGUUUGUUUUGGCUCAUGGCACUGAAGCCUUGGGGGAUGCCAAUGGGAAUGCACGUUCAAUGAAACUUGAAGACCUUGAGAGAAUAUUGGAGCUUUGUGCAGCCAAAAGAAUUCCUAUGGUGGUAGCCAAUCCAGAUUAUGUUACUGUUGAAGCAAGAGACUUACGUGUGAUGCCUGGUACACUAGCAGCUAAAUAUGAAAAGCUUGGGGGUGAAGUAAAAUGGAUGGGCAAACCUGAUGAGAUAAUCUACAAGUCAGCCAUGGCCAUAGCUGGCACAGAUGUUUCUGACUGUAUAGCUGUGGGUGAUUCUCUCCAUCAUGAUAUUAAGGGCGCUAAUGCUGCUGGAAUCGAAUCAGUUUUUAUUACUGGUGGGGUUCAUGCAACUGAACUUGGACUACAUGGUUUUGGAGAAGUUGCAAAUUCAUCUUCUGUGCAAUCGCUUGCAACGAAAUAUAAUGCUUAUCCAUCUUAUGUGUUGCCAGCAUUCACAUGGUAGAACAUCACAUGAUAAACAUUCACAUGCUUAUCCACUACAAUUAUCAUUGUAAUUGUUUUUUUAGCGUUUGUAUAAUUUAUUGACCACUGGUUCCCAUACGAACUAUGUUUGUGCAUGUAAAGAGAAUACAGUAGAUGCAUAGUGGAAGACCAUUGUUGAUGAGAUAUAGAAGUAUGAAACAAUAUCUUUGAACAUCAUUAAUUUUGAGAUCUUAUGUUGUAUUGUGAUAUUUUGGCUUACUCAAGCUGAGUAAUUUUAUGUUAUUGGAAAAUUGCACUAUUGCAAUUUCAUAUU